AUGUAUGUUAUUUAUAUAGAUAUCCAUAGAAAGAGAGCAAGGUUUGAUGACAAUCAGAAUAAAUGGGGUUUUGCGAAACUAAUACCAUUGGUGCAUUUUAAGGAUAUUAGCAAAGGGUACCUAUCCACCAAUGAUUCGUGUGUUUUUGGAGUUGAAGUUUCCACAGAUCCAAUGUACACAAUAAAAGACAGAUGCUUGUCCAUGAUAAAGCCUCAAGAAACUACGAAUAGUUAUACUUGGAUUAUUGAUAAUCUUUCAGCUGUAACAGAGAAAUGUUUGCAUUCUGAGGUCUUCAAAGUCGGAAAAGUCAAGUGGACUUUAUCAAUAUAUCCUAAAGGAAUCAGUUCAGGAAAAGGUACAAAUUUGUCGAUUUUUCUAGAGGUACAUGAAGCUGCAUUGGCUUCUGCUGAAACUGAACACUGGUUUUGUGAAUCAGAAGUUGAUUGGGGUUUUUUGCAAUUCAUGCUUUUGAGUGAACUAAAGGACAGAACAAAGGGGUUUCUGUUGAAAGAUAGGCUUAUUGUUGAAGCAAAGAUUUUAGUUACUGGAAUGAUAAAAGAUUUUAUCUGA